AUGGCUGCUACAUCAGUUUUCAUCACAAUUACAAGCCUCAACAACAAAAUCACAAACUUUUCAUCACAAUGUUUUCUCAAGAAAAAUACCAUCAGGUGCAUGUCCUCUCCUCAAGAUGGCUCCACGACUACACCGCCACAUGCGAAAGUCAGCACCAAGUUUACUGACUUGUUGGCAUUCAGUGGACCAGCACCCGAACGGGUAAACGGGAGGUUGGCUAUGAUUGGGUUCGUGUCCGCAAUGGCUGUGGAGUUGACCAAUGGUCAAGAUCUCUUUACCCAGAUAUCCAACGGAGGACUAACGUUGUUUGUUGGGACAAGCGUUGUGUUGACAUUGGCAUCGUUAGUGCCGUUGUUUCAAGGGGUGAGAGCCGAGGCCAAAUCAAACGGGGUGAUGACUUCAGAUGCCGAGUUGUUGAAUGGACGUGUCGCCAUGUUGGGUUUGAUUGCUUUGGCUUUCACCGAGUUUGUUACUGGAAGUGCCCUUGUGUAAUUCUAUCCAGCUAGAAGCUGAAUUAUAGAUAUACAUA